AUGGCGGAAGUACAAUCAGACCUGACAAUAUGGCAGAAGUCCUUGGAAAGAAGAGUCAAUAGAGAGAAGACUGUAUAUAUGCACUGUAACUUUUCUAAUGCCAAUGUGAAUGUUAUUGGAUGUCCAUCUAUUGAAGGUAGUCCUCUUAAGAGAGUUGAAGAGUUUAAGUAUCUCGGAUCCAUUGUAGCACCAAAGGCAUGUAUAGAAAGAGAAAUACAAAAUAGAACCCAAACAUCUUGGUUAAAAUGGAGAUUGCUGUCUGGCAUUCUAUACGACUCCCGUAUGCCUAUUAAAAUAAAGGGCAAUGUAUACAAAAGAGCAGUAAGACCAGCUCUGCUAUAUGGAUCUGAGUGCUGGCCGAUGAGAAAGACGGAUGAACAGAAAAUUCACGUCACUGAGAUGAAAAUGCUACGUUGGUCUGGAGGAGUUUCUAGAACAGAUAAAAUAAGAGACGAUUACAUUCGUGGUAGUUUUAAGGUUACUAUGGUGCACGAAAAACUUAGAGAAAACCGUCUACGCUGA